GAGAGAGUCUUUCAGAGGGGGCGGGACCUGUUUCGCUGCAGAGGGAUGCUCCGCAGCCCCUCACUGGACCAACCAGUCUGGAAAUCCCUGCUCACAGGCACAUACCAAACACACAUGCGCACACACACACACACACACACACACACACACGCACACAUUUACGGUGACUGCAGCCGAAACCCCUCAAGCUCCCAGCAUCUGUGCUGCAUCUCUCCUCUCCUCCCUCUCCUCCUCCUCUCUCCCUCUGUAGCUCUCCGGCGCUCCGUCCUCCUCAGCUCUGAUUCACUCAGCUCUUCUCACCAAGCUGAGCUGCAAAACCUUGGGACAUGUCCUCCAACCUGCCCCCCGGGACCACAGCCGGGGCCAAAAGCAAACCCCUCUCCCCCUUCAAGAAGCGGGGAAGCCUGCAGUACACAGCCAGCACAGUUGAUCUCCGUGGUGCCCGCCACCUCCUCACUUCCCAGCAUUCCUUGCCUGGGAUCCCUGUGGCCUUGAAACAGUCCAUUGACCUGCGCACAUCCAUGGACGGGAAGUACAAGGAGAUUGCUGAGGAGCUGUUCUCCCGCACCCUGGCAGAGAGUGAGAUGCGCAGCGCCCCCUAUGAAUUUCCAGAGGACAGCCCCAUCGAACAGCUGGAGGAGAGACGUCAUCGCCUCGAGCGACAGAUCAGCCAGGAUGUCAAGUUUGAACCCGACAUCCUCCUGCGAGCCAAACAGGAAUUCAUGAAGACUGACAGUGCCACAGAUCUUGAAUACAUGAAGGAGCAGAGCCAAUCUCCUGACCUGCAGGAGAGAGAACUGGUUCCAGAGAAAGAGUACCAAAGAGUCAGUAUUUCUGGAGAGGAGAAAUGUGGGGUUCCCUUCACAGAUCUGCUGGAUGCUGCCAAAUGUGUCGUGAAGGCCCUGUUCAUCAGACAGAAGUAUAUGGGUCUGUCGCUGCAGAGUUUCUGCAGGAUUACCGCUCGUUACCUGCAGGAGCUGAGUGAGAGACCUCUGGACUUCGAUAUCUACGAGGAGGAGAUCCCAGAAACCACAGGCACUGCAGAUACCACAGUGCACCCACCUGUUUGUGAAACACACCCCUAUGAGAACCAGGACCCUGCCAGCAUGCCCCCUGACAUGGGUUACGGCUGCAAGAUGGUGGACGGUGUCAUGCAUGUGUACACAACGAGGAACGUUAUGGAAAAGGGAACAGAGCUGGACCUGCCGUAUCCAGACCUGCAGGAGUACAUCGCUGAUAUGAACGUAAUGAUGGCGCUCAUUAUUAACGGACCAGUAAAGUCCUUCUGCUACCGUCGUCUGCAGUAUCUUAGCUCCAAGUUCCAGAUGCACAUCCUGCUGAAUGAGAUGAAAGAGCUGGCAGCACAGAAGAAAGUCCCACAUCGAGACUUUUACAAUAUCCGUAAGGUCGACACACACAUUCACGCUUCGUCCUGCAUGAACCAGAAGCACCUUCUGCGUUUUAUCAAAAGGGCCAUGAAGAAGUAUCCUAAGGAGAUUGUGCAUGUGGAAAGAGGCAAGGGUCAGACGCUCAUGGAGGUGUUUGAGAGCAUGAACCUGACAGCCUUUGACUUGAGUGUGGACACCCUGGACAUGCACGCAGACCGUAACACCUUUCAUCGCUUUGACAAGUUCAACGCCAAAUACAAUCCCAUUGGCGAGUCCAUCCUGAGAGAGAUCUUCAUCAAAACAGACAACCACAUUGAGGGGAAAUACUUUGGUCACAUUAUUAAGGAGGUAAUGGCCGACCUGGAGGAGAGCAAGUACCAGAACGUGGAGCUCAGGCUGUCGGUCUACGGCCGUUCCAGAGAUGAGUGGGACAAACUGGCCAAGUGGGCCGUCAAACAUCGGGUCUACUCCAAUAAUGUGCGCUGGCUUGUGCAAGUGCCUCGACUCUUUGACGUCUACCACACAAAGAAACAGCUGUGCAACUUCCAAGAGAUGCUGGAGAAUAUCUUCAUGCCUCUGUUCGAGGUUACAGUCAACCCAGGCAGCCAUCCAGAGCUGCACCUCUUCCUUCAACAUGUUGUGGGUUUCGACAGUGUGGAUGAUGAGUCAAAACCAGAGCAACAUAUCUUCAACCUGGACAGUCCGCUGCCAGUCAACUGGACAGAGGAGGACAACCCGCCCUAUUCCUACUACCUCUACUACAUGUAUGCAAACAUGACUGUGCUGAAUCACCUGCGCAGGCAGCGGGGGUUUCCCACGCUUGUCCUACGUCCUCAUUGUGGGGAGGCAGGGCCGAUCCAUCACCUGGUGUCAGGCUUCAUGCUGUCAGAGAACAUCUCCCACGGGCUGCUGCUUAGGAAGGCUCCGGUGCUGCAGUAUCUGUACUACUUGGCCCAGAUAGGUAUCGCCAUGUCCCCUCUCAGCAAUAACAGCCUGUUUCUCAGUUACCAUCGUAACCCUCUGCCAGAGUACCUGUCCAGAGGCCUCAUGGUCUCUCUGUCCACUGACGACCCUCUGCAGUUUCACUUCACCAAGGAGCCCUUGAUGGAAGAGUACAGCAUUGCUGCUCAGGUGUGGAAGCUGAGCUCCUGCGACAUGUGUGAGCUGGCCAGAAACAGUGUGCUGAUGAGCGGAUUCUCUCACAGGCAGGUGAAGAGCUCCUGGCUUGGACCAAACUACAUCAAGGACGGGCAGGAGAGUAAUGACAUCAGGCGCACCAACGUUCCUGACAUCCGCGUGGCGUACCGGUAUGAGACCAUGUGCGAGGAGUUGAAUUUAAUCACACAGGCCAUCCGCACAGAUGAGCUGGAGACCAUCGAGGAGGAGGGGAGUCUGUGUAUGGGAGCUGUGCAGGGAGAGAAGUGAACGUGUGGCACGACACAAAUUCUCACUACAUUCCCUGUGUUCACAUCAGGACUUUGUACAGAUUUGCAUAUCAACAUAUCACACCUGUGAAAAGUGAAAAGCUUUGUUACAAGAAGAUUAUAAGUACAGUAUCAGAGAGGACCUACAAUCUGUGUACCCAACGUGUUCCCUUCCUUUAGUGUCUUUGAGUCAGUCUUUGUUUAAUUUGUCAGGGUGAUUUCAUGGUGUCUCUUGAUCUAUUUAUUUUAAUUUGUAUAUUUUAAUGGUUUGUGACAACAUUUUGUCUGUACAAAGUCUGUAUUUCCUGUACCAAACAUUGAAUUAUAUUGACAUUCAAGAUGAAAGAUUAAACCCAUUAAUAAAACAUAUAAACCGGAUUCCAACACUGACCGAUUAGAAUAAGAAGACAAUCAGGAACAUAUUUUAAAAGUAAAGAGGCUCUAACUACGUACGGGGCUGUUCCUAUUGAGGGCACUGAGGUCAUGUUCUUGUUUACAGUUUCUGCCAAUUUGGGGGUUUGAGUGACCUUGAGGGAUCGAAGGUUAGACAUACAUAUUACACACUACAGUUAAAAAAUUAUAUUUUCUUAUAGCUGAUUCCAGUAUUUAUAGACAUAUUUAAAUUUGUCGACUUUAAGCCCAACAAAAUGGACAAAUGUGCAGUGUAAAGUAGGAUUUGAAACCAUGUUUAGACCAUCAUUUAAAACAGUAGCACUUUAUUUAUAGGUCAUUUCCAAGCAGAUUACCUGAAAUAACUCUACAACCUGGUACUAUAGGGAAACUAAAGAAAACGUUAUUUUAGAAAAGUUCUGUUAGUUUCCAGGAGCUGUUUGCACCAGUGGUUCUCACGUGUUUACUAAAUGGAGAUUUAAGCAUCACUAAAAUAAAACUAAUUAAUAUAGAGAUUAGUUGAUUCUAAAUAUUUACACAGACUAACCAUCAGGGGUAACUAACUAUCUGAACUAACUUGCAGAGCUAACAUGCUUCCUAAUAACAUUGUGAGUGUAAUCUGAUAUAAAUUUAUAUCUUCAUAUAUGUAAAUAAAACCAAGUCAUACCUAUGUUUACAAAAGAUUGGAAGGAGAGUUUAAAAUAUUACAGUUAGUUAUAUUACAGCCUGUGAUUCAACAGUUACAUCCUGUUUACAUAGUUUUUUGCUUUUGAUUGGAUGGUGUAACAGGUGUUUCCUAGUAACACAUUGCUCAUUGCAAGUCUUAAUGAGGCAUUUUUUGAGGUUUAAUAGUGCAAACUGACUUAAUAAAUCACAAGUUUGAAACUAUCGAGUUGAUACAAAGAAUUCAGGAAAAGACUUUACACACACACGUAGUAUUGAUGAAUAGAUGGUGUAACCUAAUCCAGAGGAAUGUCCUUGAAAGCAUCGCUCCAUUUAAAUAAUAAGUUUCUUGGUGUUGAGAGGAGUGGUGAGUGAGGCAGACUAUGACUGAUGACCUCAGUAUUUCUAAAAUCCUGGCCACAGCCCUGACUACUAAGACUGAAUCAUAAACCUUUCCAGCAAACUUCAAAGUGUUGAAAAAACCUUUAAAGAACAUUUAUAGUCGAGUUAGAAACACUGCAUGAAUUUAUGGCUGUUUGGUUGAUAUUUUCUACUGUAAUUACCCACAGGACAAUACCUCAUGCUGUGUAACUGGCAAAAAGAAAUCUCCAUCUUCAGUAUUCCUACUACGUGUUGGAUAUUAACAACAUCCCCAACACAGCUGUUAAGUGUCAUAUUCUUGAUGUUUUUUUUACAGUAUUUUUACGGUAAUUAAGUUGCAUGAAGGCACGUCAAUAUUUGUUUCUGGUGUGCAGUAAUGCUACUCAGUUGUAACAUCUUAUAUUAUAAUAACUCUUAUUUUGUGACAUUGUUUCUACUGACAGUCUGAACUGUAACUCUGAUACUAUCUGUCCUUUACACGUAGAUAUUUAAAAUACAUUUCUGAGUCAUAGUACAGUGACUGAUGCAUGAUCUGUUCCUUCACUUUUCACUCCUUGCACAAGUUCAACCAGUGCCAAAUUCAUGAAUAAACACAUUUUCUUAGAGAAGUGAAAGUUGACUAACUUGACAAACCCUUUUCAAACUCCUGCCUUCAGUCUGGGUCCUGGUGUUAAUCUGUGGGGCUACUUGUUGUUACUCAAAAGCACUCUGUGUCCCUCUUAGAGAUUUAUAUGUGCUGUUUGUGACCUAUUAUUUAAUGACAUUUGUGUCUAAGAAUAAAAAAUGUUGUUCACACUGGA